AUGGAGAAUAAUCAAACACUGAUCACAGAAUUCAUCCUGCUAGGAUUUCCUCUUGGCCCUGAGAUGCAGCUGUUCCUUUGUAUCAUUUUCUCACUAUUUUAUAUCCUCACCCUGCUGGGAAAUGCAGUAAUAUUAGGUCUCAUCUGUUUGGACUCCCGACUUCACACUCCCAUGUACUUCUUCCUCUCACAUUUGGCCAUUGUUGACAUCUCCUAUGCCUCCAAUAAUGUCCCAAAGAUGCUGGCAAACUUUCUCAGCAAAACUAGUACCAUUUCAUUUGCUCCAUGUAUAACACAGACCUUUUUAUACAUGGCUUUCGCCCACACAGAGUGUCUUAUCUUGGUGGUGAUGUCCUAUGAUCGCUAUGUGGCAAUAUGUCACCCCCUCAGAUAUACUGUCAUCAUGAGCUGGAGAUUGUGUACCACCUUGGCCAUUAUUUCCUGGAUAUUUGGCUCCCACCUGGCCCUUGUCCAUGUGCUUCUCCUCCUGAGGUUGCCUUUCUGUGGGCCCCAGAAAGUCAAUCAUUUCUUCUGUGAACUCCUUUCUGUGCUCAAGCUUGCCUGUGCAGAUACCAGGCUAAACCAACUUGUAAUCUUUAUUGCUUCUGUAUUUAUCCUUGUUGGGCCCCUCCUCUUGGUCCUGGUCUCCUAUAUGUAUAUUCUCCGUGCCAUCCUGCGAAUCCAGUCUGGAGAAGGUAGAAAAAAAGCUUUCUCUACCUGUUCCUCUCACCUCUGUGUGGUUGGGCUCUUCUUUGGUAGCGCCAUUGUCAUGUACAUGACUCCUAACACCAGUCACCCUGAAGAACAACAGAAAAUCCUCUCUCUAUUUUAUAGCCUCUUCAAUCCUACACUGAACCCUCUGAUAUAUAGUCUGAGGAAUUCAGAAGUGAAGGGUGCUUUGAGGAGAGCACUGGGGAAGGAUAGACCAAGAUGA